ACUUAUUGUUUCAGACAUUACAGUAUCCAGAUGUUUGGCAGGAGGAUUUCAGGGGAUGAAACGGCAAAGUUUUACAGUGCAACAGCGACCAUGGAGGAGAUUCGGUCUGGUUACCUUUACAAGUCCCCCCCUCCAUAUAUGUCCAAAUCCUUGAAAUCGUGGAAGCGGAGGUACUUUGUGCUCGGCAAGGCUGGUGGAAACAUCUAUAAGCUGAAGUACUUCAAGGAUGAAAAUAAGAGAGAGAAACAGCAGGGAGAAAUCAAAUUAUACGAAAUCUCCUUGCUUUUCCUGUGUCCAAAAACACACCCUAGUUGGGAAUGGAUCCACAGAAACUUCAAAUGCACUCCAUCCUGUGUUUUGUACCUCAAAGUACCAGACAGAGACUAUUUCCUCAUUGGGGAAAACAGUGAUGAGAUGGAGAGCUGGUUUAACAUCAUAUUUGAUGCCCUGAAUACACGUUCACACACAAUGAUCAGCUUUGAGGAAAAGAAAAAACCGAGGUCAACAUCUGAGCCUCUGAUAAUAACGUCAUCAAACAAGGAUCGAGAAUUUGGAGAACACAAACGAGAAAAAGACGAUCACAGACCAACAUCUUCCUCAGCAAGGUGUUCUGCCCCAGAAUCAUUCAACACCCAAUACUCUCUCUAUGAUUAUCCUACCAAUGAGGAUGAUGAGGAGGACGAGCAGAAGGAGAGGGAAGAACUGGAUAAAGAGGAGAUAGGCGAAGAGACAAACAGCAGCAACUACAUGUCCAUGGAAAAAGUGAUGGAGCUUGCAAAAGGAAUUCACAAUGCAGUUGACACACAUCUGCAAACAAAAUUGGUUACUGAAGAUGAAAAUUCUGAGAACUUGUGCUUGAAUUGCUCUGGCAACAGGACUUCCACUGCUCUGAACAGCCAAAUUCCACAGGAGAUUGAAACAUUUGUCCCUGUGGAAAAGGAGAUUUACGUGAGUCAAGAAUUGCUGAGAAAUGGUGUGAUCUUCUCCGAGGAAGCUGGCAAACCAUGUGUGUCUGACUGCAGGCUUAUCCAAUUUUCCAAUAUCUUCCAUAAAGGCGACCAAAUCUUAGCCAUCAAUGACCUGCUCACAUACAAUCUGGGUGAGGUGCAAAACUAUCUAAAGAGGAUUAAUAAAGAUCAGGUAAAAUUGACCAUCCUAAGACAACCCGGAUCCAAGCCCUUAAGUGAAUGCGGUGUGUAAUUUGACCUCUGCUCUCUAUUAUCUGACUCUAAAGCACCUUGCUGCACUCUUCUUUAUGCGAUACAAAUAUAGGCACACGUUGUGCAUGAGGGGA